UUAUAUUUGAUUCUUCACAAGCAUUUUAUUAAAGAAAAGCAGAAUGGAUGGGAGAAGAAGCUCAUCGAUCACAUUACUUGUGACCCCAUGUUCAAGGAAGAGCACCAAGAAGCUAGCCUAGCCUAGUAGUGUAUUAUUAUUAUUAUUUAUUUGUUUCUGCCAAACAGAUGGAAAGGUGUCAGAUGCAAGUUUAUGUUUUAUAAACAACCCAAUCCCAAUCCAAAUCCUGCAGACAUCAAACUAAUAAGAGCUAUAUAUGCAGUGAGUGAGUGUGUGAGAUACAGAGACAAAUAUUAAAUCACAAGAAAUUAAGAUGAAGGGAAGAGACAGAAACAAAGGAGCUCCUCCUGCUGCUGCUGAUCUCUUGGUCUGUUUUCCAACUAGAAGUCAUCUGAGGCUGAUGCCAAAGCCCACUUGUAGCCCUUCCAGACGCUUCCUCCAGCACCAGCUUAAGAAAUCAUCUGCUGCAACUUCUUCUUCUAUGUUACUGUUAAAAAACAAGCACAUGGAAUCUGAUGUGUCUGAGCCCACAUCUCCCAAGGUUACUUGUUCUGGACAGAUCAAAGUCAGGCCUAAAACCGGGUGCAAAAAUUGGCAGUCGGUGAUGGAGGAGAUUGAGAAGCUUCAUCAUCACAAGAAAACCAACAAGAUCAACAAGCCAAACUGGGCCGAGGCAUUAGGCUUCAAGAAAGAUGUCAUGCACUUCCUCACUUGUUUACGAACUAUUCGCUUUGAUUUCCGAUGUUUUGGAUCUUUUCCAUCAGUCGAUAUUAGUAGCUCGGAUGACGAGGAUGAGGAGGAGGAGGAGGAUGAUGAUAAAGAUAAUGCAGGCGAUGAUAAGUAUCAACAGCAUCAAGAGGAAGAUGAUGACAACAACUCAAAAGCCGUUUUUUCCAAAUGGUUCAUGGUUUUACAAGAAGAAAACCAUGAUACCAAACAAGGACUCACACCUAAUUUUGAUGAUGAAGAUCACCAUCAAUCUGCUAAUGUUCCACCUCCGAAUGCCUUAUUGCUCAUGCGUUGUCGGUCUGCUCCUGCCAAAAGCUGGCUCGAAGAAAGAGAAGAAGACAAAGCUAAAGAGGAAGAAAAAGAAGAAGUGGAAGAGGAGAAGAAAGCCAAAAUGGUGAAUGAGGAAGAAGUAAAAAGAAAAAAGAUAUUAGAAGAGAAUAAUUUGGUGGUUAUGAAAUAUGACACUGAUUUCUACAAAUUAUCCUGUGAUAUUGCAAAGGAAACUUGGGUUGUAGGUGGAAUGAAUAAAGAUCAAAUGUCAAGGAGUCGAAGUUGCAAGAGAUGAUCCCUACCGAUCACAAAAGGUCGAGGAUGCCAGCAUCUAUCUGUUAAAUUUCUCAACUUGAGUUGAAAUUACUGUCCAUGGAAGUGGAGAUUUCCCACCAGCUGAACAGGAUUUAAGUAACAAUUUCAACACUCUGGUCAUGACUAAGCUCACAUCUGUGCCAACACCUUGCUAUUAUUGAUCUGCAGCAACUUUCUGAAUUUGCUAUAUAUGUAGUAUACUAUUUGCAUUUAUCCUCUUGGAUCUGCUGCAUAUUGCAGUCAAACUUUUUCAUUGCCUUUUUUGGAGUUUUUCUGCUUUCCCAUAGAGUUGCUUUUUGAACUCUAUUUGAACUUGUGUUUUUACCAUGUACAGUUCAAGUUUUAUCUGUUGCAAGAGAGGAUAUAUCUUUUAAUGUAUCAAUUGUAAAUACUAGAACAACUAUGUAACUGUGUGAUACACAGCCUGCUUAUUCAUCA